AAUAUAUUACAAACGCAAGGUAAUCUCUACAUCCUUUUAACUCCAUAUUAAGUAAUAACUGAAGAGAAUUAUAUGUUUCUGAUACUUGGUAUAAACAUGCGACUAUGCGAGUGCCAGAGAUUUUUUAUAUUUAUAUUGCCAGUUUGCCACCCUUGUUUAUUCUAACUGUUUAUCUGCAUUUUGUAUCAGUGCACAUCAUGCACCAGUCUAUGAAUAUGUUUACAUUUUAGUAGGAUAGCUUUAGCAACCAUCAAUUGUAUUUGAUAGUCUAGUGUUUUCUUACAGUGCUAAUUCUUCAUGCUUAUAGUGCGGCAAAUAUUUCCUCUUGUUCUGUUCUCAAAGGUAGUGUUAGGCAUCUCUUUUAUGUACAGCAUUUCAGGAAGUGAUGUAAAUAAGAACGUUAUUGUUGAAAAGGGAGGCGCAGAUAAGCUUGUUAAUCUUUCAGCUAGAUUCUCAGACCAUCCUUUGGUGCUGCAAGAGGUCAUGUCAAUUAUAACUACUCUAUGUUUGAGGUCCCCAGAGAAUGCAGCUCGUGCAAUCGAAUCUGGAGCCGGGGACCUCGAUGAAAAAGUUUCAUCAGCUGCAGAGGAGCUCUUGUUUUAUGAUCAGGGUUCGAAAUGCAGAAAACAGAAAAUUUCUGCUUAAUAAUGGCAUUGAGCAACUAAUCCGAAAGGCGAAGCAAACCCUCAAGAACUGCAAAGCUGCUGCCACCGAUGCUCUUAGGGAUUUAGGUUUGGACAAUUACAACUCGUGACCUUUCUCACUAUUAUUCCCUUAUCAUAUUUCACAUUGCUUUGUUUCAGCCACUGCCCAAGAAUUCCACCUCUUGUAAUUUCAUGCCAUGAUCUCAUCACAUCUGUUUUAAUAUUUUGCAAAUAGAUAGUAUUAUGUAUAUGCUGGUAUUGUGGUUCUUUUUUAAAAAAAAAAAAUAACUUUAGAUUUU